AUGGCGACGCUUAAUCUCAAGAACGUCAAGACACGACCUCAUCCCACUGCGAGAGACACCGCCGUUGCAGUUCGGCCGUUGAGUGCGGGGGAGACCAUAGUAUCAGUACCAGCGUGGACCACUGCUCUUCUUAUAAGUGAGAAGGGUCGACGCUGUGACUGGUGCGGUUGUCUUCCACUGCCAGGAGACCCCCUCUUGAAAUGCGGCGGGUGUGGAUCUUACUGGUAUUGCGGGAAGAAGUGUCAGCUACGGCAAUGGAAAGCCCAUCACAGAUCCAUAUGCAAAUACUAUGCUAGGUAUACGGCUUCAGCAGCGUUUCAAGGCCUUCCGGACGAGGAGAAGGUCGAUGCCGUCCUGCUGUCACAUACCCUGGCAAAUCUUCAUGAAUCCCCUGCCGAAGAUCCAGCUCGGGAAGAUGAUUCGUCGCCGUACUCUGUCUUCCAAACUCUGAUUGAAUACACGUCGGUUGGGUACAGCGUACCUCCGGUAUGCGGGAAAAGCACGUCUAUAUCUCCGAGCCCGGAGGCUUCCAGCCUAUAUGCGCGUUUCGGCAACAACAAUUUUGUGUUGCACUCUCAUCUCACGGCCUUCGCACAUGGAAUCUUCCCGCUCACGAGUAGAUUAUUCAACCACUCUUGCGUCCCGAAUGCAGUGGUAAAAUACAAAUUAAAAGAGGCGGACCUGCCGUGCAUGGAGGUAGUAGCUAUUGCGGACGUUGCGGAAGACGAAGAGAUCACAAUACCAUACCUAGACCCAGCUAUCCCGCUAGACGUGCGUCAGCACCAGCUACAAUCAAGGUAUGGCUUCAAAUGCAACUGCGUCGCGUGCACAUUUCAGCGGAAGAUAAACCCGGUCCCUUUUCCGUCUCCCGAGGACCUCAAGGGACUGGAGGCCAUCUUACGCCAACGAAUCCAGUUAACCGGAGUGCAUAGUCAUGCUCUAUCCAGUCGAUAUCUCCUCCCGCAGCUCCCUCCGGAUCUGUUCCCGCUCCUGCAUGACUCAUAUCUUCCGUCGCUCUCUGAGGCUUUCAGCAAGACCUCUCACGACGGGGAGUAUGCCCUGGCACUAGAGGCGGGUCUGACGCUUCUCGGGCUGUAUAGUAUGAUCUACCCCCGAAACUACCCGCUGAUAGGGAUGCAUGCCCUAGAGCUGGCGAAGACAGCGUGGAACGCAUCCAUCCAAGGCGUACCUGGCAAGAGCGAGGACGCUCGCUUGAAGGAGGCGCGGUCCUAUCUUGUUCUCAGCCGCGAGGUACUGGGAGUGCUAGGGCCAGAAGGAGACCCGGGCGGGCCCAUGGAAGAGAUUAAUACUUUGACAGAGCUCUUGCGGGCAGAUGGACCAGCCUGA